AUGUAUACCAAGUUUAGUUCCCUUAAGAAUACGGAGCAGAACAUGGACGUUCAGGCGGAGGUAACGGCCGUGCGCGAUGCUCGUUGCCCUCGUGUCGAUGAUCCGGAGAAGACGAUCCAUUUAGCACACCCGACGGACUGCAAUCGAUUCCUCGUGUGCUCCGCCGGUAGAGCGUACGAGAUGCGCUGCCCCGAGGGUCUGGAGUACGAUCUGGAACAGCUGAGCUGUGACUACGACUACAACGUACGCUGUUCAGUCGAAGGUCGUCAGCAACUGGCUAAGAAUGAGAUAAUGGGAAAGGUGGAGUCGAUGGGACAGGCAGCAUUCGAUCGCCCCAGUUGGGUGAACCGUGAGGAGCCCUAUGCGGCGGUGCCAGAGGUACCGAAGCAGUACAAACCAGCUAUCAGUGUUGUCGAUGCCCGCUGUCCCCGUACCGAUGAUCCGAGGAAACCAAUCCAUCUGCCACGAACCGGUAAUUGCGCCCAAUUCAUGAAGUGCUUCGGUGGCCGAGCUUACGAGAUGGACUGCCCGGCCGGUUUGGAGUUUGAUGUGAAGAAUGGGCGCUGUGACUAUCCUGCCAUGGCCGGUUGUAGCCGUGUGUGA